AUGAGUCUGCCACCCUCGAAACGAUCUCGGUCCUCAGAUUCGUUAAGUCGCCGACUUUCACAAUCUGGUGACGGCACGGAAUCCACGGUUUCAGCAGACAAGAAAUACUCGGCCUACAAAGACGUGAACUACUCGGUGGUUUUGGAGACUAAAGGUAGUUUUAUGCGGCUAUCUGAUGCUGGCCUCGUGAAGGAAGACCAGAUAUUGUGCGAGAAGCGCCUCUACACGCAUCAACCGCGUCCCGAUCAUUCGUUAUUUGAUAACCGGUUCGACAAAUUCCAGACUCUGAUUCGAGGCCGAUCCGAAACUCGAGUCUUCCUCGACCUGCAUCCUCUCCUUAUCCUAUCGGUUGAAAACCUGUACAUCAGUGGGCGAGAAGAAUUUCACGGCCUGAUUGAAGGUCAAUGA